AUGCAAAAAACCCAUUCAAUAGGAGAAACUUUAGUACUACCAGCAGCUACUAGCAGCCAGAUAGCUACGAUGUUUGGUGAAUCAUAUGCUGAUCAAAUUAAAAGCAUUACGCUGGCAGAUAAUACGGUGGCAAGACGAAUAUCAGAUAUAUCUGAUGAUCUUUGCGAUCAGUUGAUAGAAAAAAUUAAAUUAUCUUCUUUCGCGUUGCAAGUAGAUGAGGAUACCGAUGUUGCUAAGGAUGCACACUUAAUAACAUAUAUAAGAUAUGUUAUCGAAAAUGAUAUUAGAGAAGAGUUGUUAUUCUGUUGUUGUUAUUCUGUAAGGGCAAUUGAAGGCAAAGCUACGGCGAGUGAAGUUUUUAACAUGAUUGAUAACUUUUUUAUUGCAAAUGGUAUUUUAUGGGAGAACUGUGUUGGACUGUGCACUGAUGGAGCUCCAUCUAUGGCAGGAAAAAAUGCUGGUCUGCAGGCCCCAGUUCGAAAAGUGGCUCCUCGUGCAGUUUGGACGCAUUGUAUGAUUUAUAGGCAAUCUUUUGUUGCAAGAAAUAUGGGUGAAGAAUUACUUGAAGUAUUUGAAAUUAUAAUAAAAGUUGUUAAUUUUAUCAAAAAUAGUCCAUUAAGAGAAAGGCUUUUUGGAACAUUGUGUGAUGACAUGGGCUCAGAAUACAAAGCACUACUUUAUUAUUGUGAAGCACGUUAG